AUGGAGGAGGUGGCCAACGUCGUCGGCCUCAUCAGAACCUUCAUCGACGCCGCCGAGACUGCACAAAGCCUCAGGGAGGAUUGCCUGGAAUUCCCGGAGUAUCUGCAGCUGAUCACCUCGCAUCUGGAGAAGCUCCAGGACAAGGCACUCAGUGACGGUACCAUAAAGACAUUGACGAAACUGGAGGAUACACUGGAGAGGUCCUACGAGCUCGUCCACGGCUUCCACAGACAAAACUACGUCUCUCGUAUGAUCAACCACAGCUAUCUCCGGAACACGAUGAGAAGAGCACAGGAUGAUAUCGAUAAGUACUUGAGGCUUAUUCCACUCACCCUACAUGUAUCGACUCAUCGAGAUGAUCCUUCGUUGACAUCCGAAAACAGUCGUCUUAUAGUUUAUCGGAUGUUAGAGACCACUGUGAUCAUGUCGAUUCGUAUGAGCAAGAAACUAAUAGCGGUUCUGAGAAGUAUCACACAGAAGAUGAACAACACAGUGAUGAAGAGUUGCUUCCCUAACAGAAACAUGAACAGGCUUCCUUCCUGCUCUCAUCUAACAUUUGGAUCUGCCGUCGGAGAGCAACAGUACCAAAACCGUACUCGUAAAUCGAUUCAGAAAGAUGGAAGGCAUUGA